AUGGAGAAGAAGGAACUAGAGGCUCUGGCUAUGGCGUACACUGACCCUCCCCAAUACUUCCUCACACCGCCUCACGAGCGCGACAUACUAAAUGAAAUGGCUUUCAGUUCGAACAGGUUUUCUUACAUGGCACCGGCAGCUGUCAACUCGCCACCGUUGAGAAUUUUGUCACUAGAUGGAGGAGGGGUCAAAGGAUAUUCUUCGCUCCUGCUGUUGCAGGAAGUCAUGUAUCGGUUGUUCGUAGAACUUAACGGAAGACCGCCUCAAAUGCACGAGAUUCCCUUACCUUGUGAUCAUUUUGAUAUGAUUGCUGGUGUUGGAACUGGCGGUCUUAUAGCUCUUAUGCUUGGACGGCUGCGCAUGGAUGUCGAAAGUUGCAAAGAACAAUGGGUAAAGAUGGCCAAGCGAGUAUUUGAAACCGACAAAACUAUUGCAGGAAUCCCCUUCAAAACAACCGUCUUCAAAGCAUCGAAACUUGAGACGGUCAUUAAAGAAAUUACAAAAGAGUAUACUGCUGGUGAAAACGAAGAUGCAAAGAGGCAAAAAAUGAAGGCCUUGCAACACAAGAAGAAUUUUAGCAUGGACUCGAAGGAUAGUACGGGAAGGACGAGGGCGAGCAGUUCAUCAAGUGGAGAGACAGCCUACAGCAGGCGGAGCGACGAGCUUAGAAUGUUGGCUGGAGAUGACGACUCAAUACUAUAUGAAAAGGGCAUGAAGUUUGAAUAUCUUACAAAACUUAAAUCAUCAUCAGAUGGUGCUUUGGUCGGACCGAAGACUCCUGGAGACGCGGAGGCAUUGUUAUACGAUCCAAGAGACGACAGAUGCAAGACCUUUGUCGCCGCAAUGUACCAAAACUCUCCAGAAGGUGCAUCUCCAUGUCUUCUCCGAACAUAUUUAUCUUUGUCAUCUUUGAACCCGGAACCCAACUGCAAGAUUUGGGAGGCAGGUCGCGCUACUUCUGCAACAAUGACUGCUUUCAAGCCUAUUCAAAUUGGUCAGACCGUUUUCUUGGAUGAGGGAGCAGGUAGAUACAACAUUACUCCGACAGUCAUCGAGGAAGCGACCUGCAACGAAUGGCCCGGCCGAGCAGUCGGGUGUGUCCUUUCUGUUGGUACUGGCCGACCACCCCCAAAGAAGCAGAGUGGCUCCCAGCCAUGGUGGGAAAGCAAAAUACAUACACCCUUUGACAACUUUGUCGACGCUAAAAAGCGACUAGUACACAAAACACACUUGAGCGAAGAGAUUCACCAGAUGUUGUUAGGAGGAGGAACCAACGGUCUUGAGAAGUGGGGAGUACAGAAGGACGAUUAUUUCCGACUUAAUGUUGACAUGGGUGUUACCGACUUUGCAAUGAAUGAGUGGCAGAGACUAUCAGAUAUCAGCACGAGCACUAAGAGGUGGCUGAAUAGUCCUGAAGGAAAGAAGGUUAUUGGGGAUUGUGCUAUCAAGCUGGCUCACAUCUGGCGAGCAAAAAAUAUCCCGCCUCCAAAGAACCCUCUCCGCCAACAAAUUCCACUCGUGGCAGACCCUCCCAUUGAGCCACUUGUCACACGUUCUCGCCCAGUCUCGCUCUCAGCAGACACUACCCCUCGUCCACCUAGCAGAAUGAGACCGAGAACACAAGCCCACGAGCGCCAACUCUCAUACACCCCAACCUCAACACCUCCUGCCACCAUUUCUCGGGCUAGAACAAUCACGGGUCCGGUCCGCCACAACUCCCAAAAUCUUCAUGAAUACUCCUAUCACAACCCACAUCACCAUCACCAAAAAAGCUUGUCGUUAUCAUCCACAUAUCGGGACUCUUAUUAUACAUCCGAAGAUGAAUCCGAUGAGAUCAAACCGCGCCCACUAAGUGUUCGACAACGAAGCUUUACAACCAGUAGCGCAAGCAAUAGUUCUAGCUCUAUCGUUAUCGACGGUGGAGUUCUAGGAAAUGGGAAAGACAAGAGAUAUUCCGUUUUGAACACAAUACCAACAGCUCCGGUGCCACCAAUCCCACGCCGAGCUAUGACGGAGGGAAGAAUCAAUAUCAGCCCAACUUUGAACCCGAUUCCUAACCCGAAUCCUCCUUCUCCAGACGAAUAA